AAAAAUGGGAAGUAGCUUAAAGCAUUGCAAUCUUAGGAAAAAAAUAAUGAGAAAGUCGUCCGUAUAUUAACACCCUUAAAUAUAAGAAAAUGCCUAUAAAAGCCUUGGAGGAAAGAAUUAAUAGAGUAUGCGAUGACAAAAUCGAGAGUGAGGGAGAAAUCGAAAAUGGCAUCACGACCAUCGUCGUCGCUACCGUCAUCUCCAUCUCCUCACUUCGUUCUCUUCCCUUUCAUGUCACAAGGCCACACGAUCCCCCUCCUCCGCCUCGCCCACCUACUCCACUAUCGCGGCGUCUCCGUCACCAUCUUUACCACCCCCGCCAACUCUCCCCCCAUUCGCCGCUACUUCGCCAACACCACCGUCUCCGUCGUCAUCCUGCCGUUUCCCGCCGCCGUCCCUGGCAUUCCCCCCGGAGUUGAGAACACCGAAAAGCUCCCAUCCUUCUCCCUCUUCGCCACCUUCGCCUCCGCCACCAAACUCAUGCAACUCGACUUCGAGCGCGCCCUCGCCGCACUCCCCGCCGUGGACUGCCUCAUCUCCGACGGAUUCCUUGGCUGGACGCGGCCAUCCGCCGCCAAGCUCGGCAUCCCCAGAGUCGCUUCCUUCGGAAUCAGUAACUUCUCCAUGACCGUAUGUCACAUCAUCUCCCAAGACCGCCCCCACAUCGGGGUUGCCGACGAUGACCCCUUCCUGUUGCCUCACUUCCCGUCGCUAAAAAUCACCCGAAAUGACAUCGAACGACCCUUUUGCGAUGACAAACCCGCAGGUGAAUUUUUUGAGUUCGUGGUGGAGCAGUGGGGAGAGUUGUUCAAGAGCCAAGGGUUGAUCAUAAACAGCGCUUACGAGCUCGAGCCGAGAUUCCAUGAGUACUGGAAUCAGAAUGUGGGACCCACAGCAUGGUGUGUGGGACCUCUCUGUCUAGUUGAUACCAAUAAACCCCAAGAAAUAAAUCCUAAAAAAAUUGAAAAACCCAAAUGGGCAGACUGGCUAGACGAUAAGCUCCACGAAGGGAAGCCGGUGCUGUACGUGGCGUUCGGGACGCAGGCAGAGAUGCCGCCAGAGCAGCUGUUCGAGAUCGCCGAAGGGUUGGAGAGAACAGAGGUGAGCUUCUUGUGGGUUUUGAGGAAUAAGGGGUUACGGUUUACGGAGGGUUUUGAAGAGAGGGUGGGGGGAAGGGGGAUGGUGGUUAAGGAAUGGGUGGAUCAAAUGGAGGUACUUAGGCAUCAGAGUAUUAGGGGGUUUUUGAGUCACUGCGGGUGGAACUCGGUGACGGAGAGCAUUUGCAGCGGCGUGCCAAUCCUGGCGAUGCCGCAGAUGGCAGAGCAGCACCUAAACGCGCGGAUGGUUGUGGAGGAGAUGGGGGUAGGGUUGAGAGUGCGGCCAAGGAACGGGUCGGUGCGGGGGUGCGUGGCGGCGGAGGAGGUGGAGAGGAGGGUGUCGCAGUUGAUGAGAGGUGAGGAAGGGAAGGCGGUGAGGAAGAGAGUGGAAGAGGUGAGGAAGGUUGCUUGUGAUGCAAUGGAACUGGCUGGGUCAUCGUCUGUCGCACUAGAAAGGUUUAUAGAUGAAUUUUGUGCUAAAAGAAGAGGACACUUUGCCUUAGGUUAGCUAGCAAGUAGCAAGGGCCCUGCUAUCUAGUAUCUGGAAUCCAUCUCAUUUUGGAUUUUUGUAGUUCUUGAUAAAAAUAAUGUAAUAUUUGUGAGUUGCUGCGGUGAGGUGUAAUUGAUUCUAUGUGUACUCAAAAUAUUCCACAAGAGACAAGAAUUUGAAUUUUUAAUA